AUGUCCUCGACACUCUGGCCGCUCGCGGGCAACGCGCACGGUGCGUGUCGGGACGCUGCCCUAAACACGCCGGCCAACGACCUGCUUCUCGGCUUGAGCGAGCUCAGUUGCCAGGACGCGUGCGUGGCCGACAGCUUCUGCCACGCCACCGGAUUCAGCAUCCCGGUCGGGUGGAAAAAGGAGUGCAGGCUCUUCAAGUCGCCCGUCGUCCGGACCCUCCCUAUGAGCGGAGUGUCUUGCCGCCUAAAGCCGGGUUCUUCUUCCAGCUACAUCGGCCCAUCGUCAAUGAGCCUGUCCUUCGGCCCGGGCUUGGCGCAAGCUACCGGCCCACCAACGCCGUCGAGCCCGCCACCUCCACAGCUGCCGUGGGCUCUCCCGCCUCCGCCGCCACCCAGCGCCCUCUCUGCAACGCCGUGGUGGCUGCCGCCACCGUCGCCGCCGCCGAAUUUGCCGCCCCCCACGCCGCCACCACCGCCACCGUCGCCGCCGCCGAAUUUGCCGCCCCCCACGCCGCCACCACCGUCACUGCCGCCGCCGCUGCCGUGCACAGAGUGUGCGGACGAGCGGAACAAGUGGAUGGCGACCAACUCCUUAACGUGCCACAGUUUUCCCUACGCGUACAUCAAGCUCUGCAAGUGGGAUGCGGAGUGGGCCAUGCAGAAGUUCUGUCAGAGGUCGUGCUUUGACAACGGGGCGGGCUACGGCGGUGAUCUGUGCUGUGCAUCGGAACGACCACCGCCGCCGCCUCCCACCGUGCGCCUCGCCGCCGUCCUUCCGGGCUCCUCCACGCUGCCGUGGCCUGUGCGGACUCACGCGCCUCCGCAAGCCCCUCUUCAUCCCCCGCUGUGGCCGCCGCUGCCGCCGCUGCUGCCGUGCACAGAGUGUGCGGACGAGCGGAACAAGUGGAUGGCGACCAACUCCUUAACGUGCCACAGUUUUCCCUACGCGUACAUCAAGCUCUGCAAGUGGGAUGCGGAGUGGGCCAUGCAGAAGUUCUGUCAGAGGUCGUGCUUUGACAACGGGGCGGGCUACGGCGACGAGCCGCCGCAGCUGCCGCCGCUGGACGCCUCUGAAGCCAUCGUCAAAGGGCUCCGGCUCUGGCAGCUGGCGGGUCGAGGCGCAAUGGGCCCGGCGGCGCAGAUUUGGUCGUACGGCUUGGCGGGUGCCGCCACAGGAGUCGCUGCUGGGCUGCUGGGCGUGGGCCUUUGGGCAGGCCUCCUCUGCUGGCGCAGGCGGCCCUACCCUCUCCGCGACCGCGAGACAGAGGGGCGGGCGCCGGCGCACCUCCGGCACACGCAGCUUCAAGAGAGCAUCGCGAUCGCGGAUCAUGACGAAACUGAUCGAAGCAGCCAGCGAGCAUUGACAAUGGCCGAGCCCGUCGACGCCGGCGUCGAAGCAGCUCGCCGCGUGGCCCGCGAGACGGACGAGCUCUGGGCGAGGCAAACCGGCGCAGUCCCACGGGUGCGCGAUCUCAUUGCAAGCAGCGAGGAGCGCUCUGGUGCGCAGCCCGCGCCGCGCCGCUCAUACGGAAAGAGUUGA